AUGUUCGUUUUUCACGAUUUUCCAAUUAAUGUAUUUGUCUAUCUUAGUCUGUUCAGAUCUCUCUGUACGUAUUUCUCUCUCUCUCUCUCUCUCUCUCUUCUCUCUCUGUCUGAAUCUGCCCCUAUCUAUCUAUCUAUCUAUCUAUCUAUCUAUCUAUCUAUCUAUCUAUCUAUCUAUCUAUGUAUCUAUCUAUCACAAUAUGUUCAGAUCUAUCUAUCUUCCUAUUUAUCACAAUAUGUUCAGAUCUAUCUAUCUAUCUAUCACAAUAUGUUCAGAUCUAUGUAUCUAUCUACCACAAUAUGUUCAGAUCUAUCUAUCUAUCUAGUUAUCACAAUAUGUUCAGAUCUAUCUAUCUAUCUAUCUAUCUAUCACAAUAUGUUCAGAUCUAUCUAUCUAUCUAUCUAUCUAUCUAUCUAUCUAUCUAUCACAAUAUGUUCAGAUCUAUCUAUCUAUCUACCACAAUAUGUUCAGAUCUAUCUAUCUAUCUAUCUAUCACAAUAUGUUCAGAUCUAUCUAUCUAUCUACCACAAUAUGUUCAGAUCUAUCUAUCUAUCACAAUAUGUUCAGAUCUAUCUAUCUAUCUACCACAAUAUGUUCAGAUCUAUCUAUCUAUCUAUCUAUCACAAUAUGUUCAGAUCUAUCUAUCUUCCUAUCUAUCACAAUAUGUUCAGAUCUAUCUAUCCAUCUAUCUAUCUAUCUAUCUAUCACAAUAUGUUCAGAUCUAUCUAUCUAUCUAUCUAUCUAUCUAUCACAAUAUGUUCAGAUCUAUCUAUCUAUCUAUCUAUCUAUCUAUCUAUCUAUCUAUCUAUCUAUCACAAUAUGUUCAGAUCUAUCUAUCACAAUAUGUUCAGAUCUAUCUAUCUAUCUAUCUAUCUAUCUAUCUAUCUAUCUAUCACAAUAUGUUCAGAUCUAUCUAUCUAUCUAUCUAUCUAUCUAUCUAUCACAAUAUGUUCAGAUCUAUCUAUCUAUCUAUCACAAUAUGUUCAGAUCUAUCUAUCUAUCUAUCUAUCAUCACAAUAUGUUCAGAUCUAUCUAUCUAUCUAUCUAUCUAUCUAUCUAUCUAUCUAUCUAUCUAUCUAUCACAAUAUGUUCUAUCUAUCUAUCUAUCACAAUAUGUUCAGAUCUAUCUCUCUAUCACAAUAUGUUCAGAUCCUAUCUAUUUAUCUAUCUAUCUAUCUAUCUAUCUAUCUAUCUAUCUAUCUAUCUAUCUAUCUAUCUAUCUAUCACAAUAUAUUCAGAUCUAUCUAUCUAUCUAUCUAUCUAUCUAUCUAUCUAUCUAUCACGAAUUUUUAUCUAUCUAUCUAUCUAUCUAUCUAUCUAUCUAUCUAUCUAUCUAUCUAUCUAUCUAUCUAUCUACAGUGUGUUUAUAUCUAUCUAUGUUCAAUAUCUAUCUAUCUAUCUAUCUAUCUAUCUAUCUAUCUCUUUAAUAAGAUUUUAUGCUACACUCAGGCAUCUAUAGCAGACCGCAAUGUCUCUCGUUUUUCGAAUUGUGACGCUAAAAGAAAAUUGCUGGCUUAG